AUGGCGUCGCCCUCACGAUCCGGCGGCACAAUGCACGUCGCAGUCACAUCACCAUUCAAAUUCCUCAUGGGCUCCUCACACAGCGCCCCCGACAUGUCGGUUAAUGCCCUGGUCGACCGCUUUACCACCCUCGAAGUCAAGGACCGCGACGAAGACAGCGCAAAGCGCACAGUACGACGAUUAGAAGCUGCUCUGAGGAGGGCAGAGAUGGCGCGUGAGGAGGCCGAGACGGAAGCCACAAGCUUGCGCGACGAGCUCAGGGAGCAGAGAGACAUGGCCGAAGAGCGUCUGCGCGAAAGGACCGACUUGCGCCAGAGACUGGACGAGUACGAGAAAAAGUACGAAAAGGCCAAGGAGCGGUUCAAGCAGCAGAAAGUUAAGCACGAAGAACAACUGCGCAAGAUGCAAAAAGAAUACAUGGAGCGCGAGAAGCUGCACUGGAGGCAGCAGCAACAACUGCAAGAAGAGGCCGAUUGGGAGNAAGAAGCUACGCGCCGAUUCAAAUGA